AUGCCUUCAGAAACGGAUCCUCUUCUUCCAGCCUAUGCGCCUGCACCUGAGAUAAGUUACCAGCAUCGUCUUUUACCUUACUCCUCAGAAAUCAGCUAUGGCUCAGCCAUUCCCACAGGCGACAGCUCCGCACUGACACCCAAGUCAUGGAAGAGCCAGGAUGAGCUUCAAUACGAUUAUGCUGGCAACGGCCUCGAAGAAAGUGAAGAUGAUACGUCCAACACAUUCGAGAGUGCCAUGGCCAAGGUAUUUCGCACUGUACUCGGCGUUAUCUUCCUAGCUGCUGUCUUUGCCGUAUCUGUUUCAGUUCUUCAAGGCAGAGACCGUCAGCCCCAUAGCACAUGGCCCCCCAGCGCAACUCCCUCUUCUACAUCGAGACCGCAUCCUGCGCCGUCACCGCCAGCGAGAAGGACGGUUAGAGAGCGCGUUCAAGACAUCCUGACAUCGACACCUCUCAUCGAUGGUCACAAUGACCUUGCCAUCUUCAUUCGUGGGAAAUACAAGAAUAACAUCUUCGGUUCUGAAUUCAGGAAAGAUUUUGAGAAUGGCGGGAUGCCAAUGAACGUCGAUCUGCCACGAAUGCGGGCUGGAAAAGUAGGAGGAGCGUUUUGGAGUGCUUUUGUCGUUUGUCCGGUGAAUGCGAGCUAUGACAUGAGUGAUGAGAACUACGCCUCUGCUGCUGCUCAUACAAUUGAGCAGAUAGAUCUGCUAAACAAUCUACAGAAGCAGUACCCGCAAGACUUUACAAGUGCCACGAACCUAUCUAGCGGGGAUGAAAGUGGACGAGUUAAUAUGUUGGCUCAGUGGCACGACACCAAGUCCUUCUUCGGCCCGAUCUCUAUCGAAGGGCUACAUCAAGUCUUACCCUCUGCUCCCAUGAGCAUGUUGCGAUCGUACUAUGCGCUAGGUGUCCGCAUGGCUACACUGACUUGGAACUGUCAUAACGCUUUCGCGGAUGCUGCGUUAGUCAUGAAUGACUUUAGGACACCUCCACAUGUCGUCAAUGAUAUCUUGCGACCAAAGGAGGGCGCAGUAACGAAACGUGGGCUGGGUGUAAUACAAGAGAUGAACCGUCUAGGCAUGAUAGUUGAUAUCAGCCAUACGAGCUACUGGACGCAAAAGGCUGUUCUGAGCACAGACAAGCGAAUCAGCCAAGCUCCGGUUGUCUUCAGCCACAGUUCAGCGUACUCAAUCUGUCCCCAUCCUCGGAAUGUGAGGGACGAUAUUCUUGAUCUUGUGCCGAAGAGCAAGAGUCUAGUUAUGGUCAACUUCUCUCCGGAAUUCAUAUCGUGUGUGUCGUCCAACAACAAUACUCUCAAGAACGAACCGCACUUCUCAUUACCUACCUUCGUGAUAAAGAACAAUACCUUGCAUCAGGUAGCCCGACAUAUAACGUAUAUCGGAGGGCGGAUUGGGUACGACUACGUCGGGCUAGGUAGUGAUUACGAUGGCAUGGGCGACCUGACACCCCAAGGUCUAGACGGUGUGGAUAAGUUUCCUGAUCUCGUCGCGGAACUCUUGACUAUGGGUGUGAGUGAUGAGAAUGUGAAGAAGGUUGUGGGUGGAAAUAUCCUGCGAGUCUGGAAGGACGUUGAUGAGGUUAGUGCACGAAUGAAGAAGGAAGGUGUGCUGCCGGGCUUGGACGAUGGGAGUGGGUAUUAA